AUACGGCACAGUGUUCUGUCUUGCUGUAAGAACUUUGGUUCUGCUGAUGCCUGAUGAGUGUUGAUAAUCUGAUACCAUCGCUGGGCUUUGAGGAAAUUGGUGUGCUACAACCUUCAGGCGUGUAGAACUGCAGCUAUGGACCAGAAGCCACGUGUGUGGAUGAAAAAAGAGGAAACAGAUGAAGUACCAGCUGAGUCAGGCUCCAUGUUUCCUGAAGACCCACUAAAGAAUGAAGAGCCUAGUGUUCGGGUAAAGCAAGAUUCAGAACUGAAACAUCAUGUGGAUGGCUCUGAUCUUAAUUUUGUCAAAUAUCCAUUGGGAAUCUCUUGGUCCACUGAUUUUAUCAAGGAGGACCCUGAACUAAAUGUGGAAGUCAGUGUAAGUGAGAAUAUUGUGGCAACCUCAACAAGGUAUGCAUCAAAUAGUUCAAGACUGAUUCAAAGUACUGGUGGGAGCUGUGGCAUUUCGUUUGAAGAAACUGUUCAUCAUGGACUGGUGAAGAAUGAGGUUGAGAGAGGCAGAGAGAAGACAGCACAUGAGUGUGGUACUCAUACACAAGAAUUAACUAUGGACGAUGAUAGCUCGCUUAGUGCCACAUAUGAAUGUAGUAUGAGGAAAAAGGAAUUCAAUGUAUUUAGUUGUAAUUUCUGCCUACAGAGCUUUCCUUCAAAAUACAGACUCAUAAUGCAUGUGUUCAUGCACAUUGAUGGCAUACAACCUCCUAUGUAUGUUUGCAAAUGGUGUGGUGAGGUAUUUCAGAGUAAUGUUAACUUGAAAAAACAUUUGAGAAUGGGUGAGAAUUGUCGAUUACUAACUGCUGGCAAUCAUGAGAGUGGCUGUAGUGGUGAACACUCAAACAGUGUUCUCUUAGGUAGUGAACCAGAAGAUUCUCCCACAGAACACACUGAGCAAUCUUCACAUAAGAAAUCUUUGAAGGCUACAAAAACGUUCUUAAAUGACACAUUUAACGCCCGCAUGACACAUGAUUCGGUGAAACCGAGUGGUCAUAGAAUUUUAUCUUCAGCUGGUGCCCACGCUUUUCUACUUGCCACAAACAGACCCCAUGAAUGUAAUAUUUGUGGCAAAUCGUUUGCUGUGCGAGGUAAUCUCAACAAUCACAAAUUAAUUCACACAGCAGAGAAACCUUACAAAUGUGAUAUUUGCGGCAUUUCUUUUGCUAGGUCAGGUUACCUGAAGCGACAUAGUUUGUUACACACUGGGGAGAGACCCCAUGAAUGUACAAUUUGUGGCAAAUCAUUUGCUAGGUCAUGUCUUCUCAAGCGACACAGUUUGUUACACACUGGGGAGAGACCCCAUGAAUGUACAAUUUGUGGCAAAUCAUUUGCUAGGUCAUGUCUUCUCAAGCGACACACUAUGUUACACACUGGGGAGAGACCCCAUGAAUGUUCUAUUUGUGGCAAAUUUUUUGCUAGUUCACAUUAUCUCCAGAAACAUUCACUAAUUCACACUGGAAAGAAACAUUACAAAUGUAAUAUUUGUGGCAAAUCGUUUUCUGCAUUGGGUAAGGUCAAGAGACAUUCAUUAAUUCACACUGGAGAGAAACGAUACAAAUGCGAUAUUUGUGGCAAGUUUUUUGCUAGGUCAGGUUAUCUUAAGCAACACACAUUCAUGCACACUGGGAAGAGACCUCACAAAUGUAAUAUUUGUGGCAAAUCUUUUGCUUGGUCAAUUUGUCUCAAGAGACAUUCAUUAAUUCACACUGGAAAGAAAUCUUACAGGUGUAAUAUUUGUGGCAAAUUUUUUGCUAUUUCAAGUUAUCUCCAGAAACAUUUAUUCAUUCACACAGGACAGAAACGUCACAAAUGUAAUACUUGUGGCAAAUCGUUUGCUGAGUUGGGAAAGCUCAAGAGACAUGCGUUACUUCACAUCAGAAAGAAGCCACAAUGAAGUAUAACCUCGAGCUGAUACUUUUCUCUGGUUGGUGCCCUGAAUGCCUAUAGAAUAAAGGAUAAUUGCAGACACACAUUAAAUUUGUGAUGCCUGUAAAAUAACAUUAAAAUGUGCUAGAACUGUGAAAAUUAUGCAACAGUGUCUACUAUACAUAGGUCACAGAUAGUGACAAUAUAAAAAUCCUUAACAUGAAAUGUCAUGAAUUUGCAGUACCAAACUGUAGACAGAAAUGUCAUUUAUGCUGCUGUUUUUCCUAUUGAAUAAAUCCUUAAGUUAUGUCAGUAAUUAUAAGCACCACAAAGUAUUCACUGUAACCCAAAGGAAGCAUGAUGCAUUUGCUUGUUAGCCAAAAAAUACACUGCUGGCCACCGUAAAUGCAACACCCUGAAGGAAGCAUCCGAAUCAAGUGAAAUUUACACCAUGGGUUUGCAGCGAUGAGAUAUGCAACUGAUUAGAAUUUCAGCGCAGAUGCACAUCACGCGCAUCUGUGACGCCACCUCAUAGCGCCAUUUAAGCCUUGGCGAUUUCGACGAGUGUACGUUCGGCACAUGUGUUUACCUUGUGGUUGUUUCACAAGACGAUCAGCUAUGCCUUGUAGACAACAGCGAACAUCUUUUGAUCAAGUAUCCGAGUUCGACAGAGGAAGGAUAGUGGCUUACCGAGAUCGUGGAUUAUCAUACAGAGAAAUUGCUAGUCGUGUUGGACGAAACCAAACAACUGUAAUGUGGAUAUGUGGCCAUUGGAUGCAGGAGGGUACGAAGGACCGACGUGGUCGAUCGCAUUCACCUCGGUGCACCACUGCACGUGCUGAUAGGCAAAUUUUGCGCAUGGCAGUAACGGAUCACUCCGUGACAUCCUGAACCAUAGCACAGCACAUUGCGUCUGUAACGCAUCAUCCAGUGUCUGUGCGUACCAUUCGACGCCAUUUACAGCAGAGUGGUCUGUCCGCAAGACAUCCAUUGCUUCGUCUACCAUUGACCCUGAACCACAGACUUCUCCGUCGCCAAUGGUGUGAUGACAGAUGGAUGUGGACGGCAGAAUGGAAUGAUGUUGUCUUUACUGACAAGGCACGCUUCUGUCUGCAGCACCACGAUGGUCGGAUUCGAGUGUGGAGACACCGUGGAGAGAGGAUGCUGGACAGCUGCAUUAUGCACCGCCACACUGGUCUUGCACCGGGUAUUAUGGUAUGGGGUGGUAUUGGAUAUUACUCUCGCACGCCUCUAGUACGCAUUGCCGGUACUUAAAAUAGCCGGCGCUACAUCUCAGGUGCUGGAGCCAGUUGUCCUUCCUUACCUUCAGGGCUCGGCCACAGCCAUAUUUCAACAGGAUAAUGCGCAACCACACGUGGCACGCAGUGUCCAAAGGUUCUUCGUCAAUAACCAGAUUGAAUUGCUUCCCUGGACGGCUUGCUCUCUGGAUCUUUCGCCGAUAGAAAACGUGGUCCAUGGUUGCUCAAUGAGUGACCCAGAUUACAUCCCCAGCUGCCACACCAGAUGAUCUUUGGCAACGUGUGGAAGCUGCUUGGGCUGCUGUACCCCAGGAACACAUCCAACGUCUCUUUGACUCAAUGCCAAGACGUGUGGCAGCGGUGAUCUCCAACAAUGGCGGCUACUCUGGCUACUGAUUCUGGCAGGAACCACAUGUCACAAACGUCUGUAAACGUAAUCAUUUGAUACUUGGUCAACAUGUUAUCUACAAAAUAAGUCUUGUUGUGCUACCUCUUGUUUUUCUUGGUGUUUCAUUUACUGUGGCCAGCAGUGUAGUUAUUAUGACACAUGCAGCUCUGCAUUAUAUGUUCAGUGACAGCAAAAUAUAUUCACAGCACAUCAUUCAGUCUAGUAAACUAAACUGGAGAUUAUUGGGAUUGAUGACCCAAUAGCUUGGUCCCUUUACUCCCCAAACUAGCCAACCAGAAAUGAUUAUGGCAAUUAUGUUAUUCAGGUAUGCUUUGUCAAGAGAUGUGCAUUGUAUGCAAUUAAUAGUAU